AUGCAUGAGGAAGAAAUUUACUGCUCUCUUCAGUGGGACAAUCCACCCUCAGAGGACUCUCAGAAAUGUCUGUCUGCUAGCAAAUGUUCAGGAACAUGGUGCGCUGUGACGGCGAUUUCCUGUGUGCUCUGUGUGGGAUUAUUAGCAACAUCCAUUUUCUUGGGCAUCAAGUUCUUCCAGGUGUCCUCUCUUGCAAUGAAUCAGCAGGAAAGACUCAUUCAACAGGACAGACAAUUGAUCAACCUCACACAGUGGCAGAGAAACUACACCCUGCAGAUGAAAAACUGCCAAACCUUGCAACAAAGACCUCCCCGUUCAGGUAGUAACUGCAGCCCUUGUCCACACAACUGGAUUCAGCAUGGAAAAAGUUGUUACUAUUUCUUUCAACUCUGGAAAAUGUGGAACGACAGUAAGGAGAAUUGUUUAAAGGAGGGCGCCAGUCUCCUUCAAAUAGACAGCAAAGAGGAAAUGGAUUUUAUGAUCCCCAGCCUGUGGAAUCUCAAAGAAAAGGAGUACUGGGUGGGAGUGUAUCAAGAUGAACUCAGCCGAUCUUGGUUCUGGCUAGAUGGUUCCUCUCCUCUCUCUGACUUAUUGCCAACAACACAGAAACAGUUAUCUGCCAGCCAGAUCUGUGGAUACAUCAAAGACAAAUCCCUCUUCUCAGAUAACUGCAGCAGAUGGAAAUAUUUUAUUUGUGAGAAAAAUGCACUUGGAUCCUGCAUCUGA